AGAAAGAAGCGGCCGUCAUGACGUGUCUCUCUCUUUUUCUGUGUGUUUCCUCGGCGGACGAAUUGUUGUCUUUGUUUUAUACUUUCUCCACGUUUUUUUAAUCGACCAACAACCAAACAAAGAGAGAAAAGCCGGCGGCCAGUCCUCUUCUUUGAUCUGAUAUCUGAUAACAUGGCAGCGGCUACCAGUGAACGAGAUGUUUUUGUUUACACUGCUAAGCUCGCCGAGCAAGCCGAACGUUAUGACGAAAUGGUGGAAGCAAUGAAGAAGGUUGCAAAGCUAGGCGAGGAACUGACUGUGGAAGAGAGGAAUUUGCUCUCGGUUGGGUAUAAAAAUGUGAUUGGGGCUAGGAGAGCUUCAUGGAGGAUCUUGUCAUCAAUAGAGCAAAAGGAGGAGUCGAGAGGGAAUGAUGAGAAUGCAAAACGUAUCAAGGAGUAUCGAAAGAAGGUUGAAUCAGAGCUCGAUACUAUAUGCAAUGAUAUCAUGAAUGUGAUUGAUGAGCAUCUCAUACCUUCCUGUGGUGGUUCUGGCGAAUCAAAUGUCUUCUACUACAAGAUGAAAGGGGAUUACUACAGAUAUUUGGCAGAGUUUAAGUCUGGUAAUGACAAGAAAGAUGUUGCCGAUCUUUCAAUGAAAGCAUAUGAGGCAGCUACAAAAACAGCAGACGCUGAAUUACCUUCUACACAUCCCAUUCGGCUGGGACUUGCUUUGAAUUUCUCUGUAUUCUAUUAUGAAAUCAUGAAUUCAGUUGAAAGGGCCUGUCACUUGGCCAAACAAGCUUUUGAUGAUGCAAUCUCAGAACUUGAUACCUUGAACGAGGAGUCCUACAAAGACAGUACAUUGAUUAUGCAACUUCUGAGGGACAAUCUCACCUUGUGGACCUCCGACAUUCCAGAAGAAGGAGAAGAUUCACACAAGCCGGAUGGAGGUAAAGCUGGUGGUGAGAUUGAGAAUGCAGAGUGAAGGGGUUUGAUGUAAAGAUUAAAGAAGUUGAUGUUGCUUCCGGAGAAGCCGUUGGUAAUGGGCUUGUGAAUGCAUGCUUUUUUUUUUUUUAUUAUGGAUGUUAUGGUUUUCGUGUGUUAUUAGACUUUUUAGAGGUUGGUUUAAUCUUUUCAAUGACUGUCCAUUUCCAACUCAAUCUCUUGUCAAUUUUUAUUUAGAGUUUUAAUGCUUUUUGUUUC